AUGGGCAUCCUCGACGAUCUUAUUCCCAGGCCUACGGCUCCUCCAGCUACGAGAACACUCAAACGACGAGCAGUAACUAGUAGUCAAACAACGACCGAGGAAAUUACUAUCACAAUCGCCCCAGAUAACACUUGCGGAUACAUCUCAGAACGGCUUGGGGCCAGCAGAGCGUGUCCGCUUAACGACUGGUGCUACUUCUUCCCAGCCGUGCCAGCCCAAUCGUUCACAAACGGUGGUGUUUUAUGCUGUGGAGAAACAUCUUGUCAGUACCACGCAACAUGUAUAAACUCGGAGGAGUACUUUGUGUCGAGUAAAUGCGAUGGUGGUUGCGAGGUUGACAACUACACUCUGAAAUGUACAGACUCGGCAUCUCCUUACUGUAACACUGUAUCAUGGGAGGGAAGCACCUUCGAUUAUUGGUGCAACGACCUUGAUAUCUCUACAGCACAAAGCGCCGCUCUCACCUACAAGGGCCAAACAUCACGAGAGUUUGGCACCAUUAAUGAGCGAGACUACAGCUCUCUGUUGUCUCAAAUGACCGAAGCGCAAACUGAAGGCAGUGUCAAUGUUGAAGCGACAGGGACAGGAACAGCAACAUCUAAAACUGCUGCUACCGAGACAAACAGAGAUAGGGGCAGCUCAGGAACACCAGUAGGCGCAAUUGCUGGAGGAACAGUUGGCGGUGUAGCAGCACUCGCUCUCAUCGGCGUGGGAGUGUUUUUCUUCCUCCGCCGACAGAAGAAGAAGAGCAAAGCUUCAGAUUCAUCAAACUACCAACAAGCACCUAGAGGUGACAAACCGGGAUGGAGCCAGCAACAACAACAGCAACAGCAACAAGGCGGCUACUACUACUACGAUCCAAAUUCGCUAUCUGCGGGUUACAAUGGAAGCCCAAAUGGUCAGUAUGGAUAUCAACAGCCUGCUAUUCAUGAAGCUGGCGGUGAGGCCGUGGGGAGCAUCCCUCAGGAACUUCCAGAGAGUGGACCUGGGGAAAAGAAGCCUGUAGAGCUUGCUUGA